UUUUGAGAGAGAAUAUGGAGAAUGGAGUUUUAAUGGGGGAAGAGGAGAGAUGGAUUUUGUACGGGGAAAAAAGGAUAGGUCAAUAUCACAUGUGUCUGUGUUUAGGUUCUAAAGUGGUGCAAUGAAGAAGGUACUCUCCAUUUUGAGAAGGUGGAAUGCAACAGCUAUGAAAACUUUAACCCACGACCGUCUACCACAGGGUAUUGGCAUCCAAUAUCAGACUGACAGCAACCUCUUCAACCUUUCUCAUCUCCAUGCUAGAACUAAACUAAUGUCGGCAAUAAUAACCGAACUCCAGCACACAGAUGAUUGUACUGUAGUUGCACACUUGAAGGAGGAUCUACAAACAGCCCUUCAUUGCUUCUCUGAAGCUUACAAAAGCCUACGGCUAACUCUGAACAUCGGCAAAACAAAAGUUCUCCACCAGCCAGUACCCGGUCAAUCAUCAGACCCAGCAAGGAAGAUCUACAUCGACAAAGAAGAACUGGAAAAUGUAGAAUACUUUGCCUAUCUUGGCAGCCAUCUCUCCCAGAGGGCAGACACAGAUGUCGAGAUUCAGCACAGAAUCCGCUGUGCCAGCUUUGGCUUUGGCAGACUGUCUUGCCAGGUGUUCAACAAUCACAACAUCAGAACACACACUAGACUUUUAGUUUAUAAAGCGGGGGUAAUCCCAACUCUCCUCUAUGGCUGUGAGACUUGGGUGACCCAUAGAAAACACCUGAAAAACCAGCACCAGCAACUUUCUUCGGGAGAUCCUCAACAUAAAGUGGGAGAAUUGUCGCACUAAUGUCAGUGUCCUCACGGAGGCCAACAUCUUCAGUGCUGGGGCCCUGAUUAUCCAGCACGAGCUGAGAUGGAGCGGGCACUGUGUGCGCAUGCCUGAUGUACGCUUACCAAAACAACUGCUGUAUGCCCAGCUCACCAAAGGAGAAAGAAAUGGGAGGCUAAAAUAAAUGCUUUAAAGACAUCCUCAAGAUAAACAUCAAGAGAUGUGGCAUCGAUACCACACACUGGGAGACAGCAGUCCAAGAUAAGGUAACUAGCGAAGACUUGUCAAAGAGGGAACAUCCACUUUUGAGGAAAAUUGCCUUGCCCUGGUCACAGAAAAACACCAGAAAAGAAAGGAAAGACAACCGUCAUGCAGCCAUCGCGGCCCAAUCCUGGCUUCCAACACCACCUGCAACAUCUGCCAAUGAGUCUGUGGCUCAAGGAUUGGACUCCUCAGUCACCAAAGGACCAAUGAAAAAUAAAAGAAAGAUCAUCCUCGACUUGAUUUGAUCAUCCACCGACGAUUUUGCACAAGCAAGAAGAGUUUUCAGGAUUGGCCCCCAUGCACUCUAUCUCCAUCCUUGAAACUGCUAAAUGAAUUGAUGAAUUGUUAUUAUCAGAGUGGCAUGUUCUCACCCUUGA